AUGGUCGUGGCUCGCCCCCGCCAGCUGCAAAGCUGGCUGUUCGGCUGGCCAGAGAGCGACAGCAGCAGCAACGCGACCAGCAGCAACGCGUGGGAUGGGUCACUCAUAGACGUCGACACACCGCUGGAAGAGCUCGAGACGGUCGGCCUUGGCGAUGGCGAGAGCUACCGGCUGGUCAUGUCGGACGAGUUUGAGACCGAGGGCCGCCGCUUCAGCGAGGUGGACCGCGACCCGAUCUGGACGGCCGUCGCAAGGCACGACCCGACGAACGGCAACCUGGCAUACAUGACGCCGCAGAUGGUGAGCACUCACGCGGGCGCGCUCGAGAUCUACACCACAAACACGGGCUUCCGCGCCUCGCGGCCCGCCAUCUGGAUGCUCGGCAACCUCGGGCGGGCCACCUACCCGCUCUCGAACGAUGGCCUCUGGCCCUUCUCCUUCGGCGCGUGCGACCGCGCGCGGCUCGGGGCUGCGGCCGUACCAGGGGCGAGGCGUGCCGGAGGCGUGCCGGAGGUGGACUUGCUCGAGGCGCGCCCGUGCGCCGACAUCGCCGCCGCCAGCGACAGGCCCGCGCUCGCGGUGGCGCACAACAACCUCACGAUCGACCAGGCCAUCUUCCCGACAGUCUUCCGCAUCGGCCACGUCCGCUUCUACCAGCGCGCCAGCGGGCGGCAGCGCACCUCGUGCUCGCCCCCCGACCACCCGACGGCGGGCUGGAUCGCGCAGCACUGGUGGGCAAACGGCAAGCAGGCGCCCCCCUCGGUCGACAACCUGCUCCGCGCCUCCGUCCUUCUCUCGGGCUGCGUCGCCGCACUCGGCGCCCUCGCGCUGCUGCUGAGUGAGGAGCACGUCCGCCUCGCGCUCGCACUGCUGUUCGGCGCCUUCUUCUGCGCCGCGCUCGCCUCCGCCGGCCUCGCCCGCUACCUCGGCGUCUCUCCCGACGACGCGUGGCUCGGGCCGCAAACCGCGGGCGGCGACAGCGCCACCAGCUCGCUCACGCUGUCGGCCGGCGUGCCGCUGCGCAGCCACGUCUGGAGCUUGCUCUUUGCCGAUCGCCUCGUCUACCUCGCUUGCGUCGUCGAGGCGGCGGUGGUGGGCGGCUUGCUGCUGACCAUCCUCUCGGAGCUCACUCUCUGCCUGGCGACCGCCUUCUCCGCGAGAGCGCUGCCCCGCCUGCUCGUGGCUCUCUUGGGCGCGCUUGCCGCCAGGGAGGGCGGGCAGGACGAGGGCGGCGGUCGGGUCGGCUCUCUGUCCGCCGCCGUUCCGCUGCCGCCGGUCGGGCCGCCGCUUCCGCAUCCGCGCGGCUGGUCGGCGGGCGAAGAGCUCUCCCUGCUCCUCUUCCCCCUCUUCCUCUUUGUCGCGCUCGUCUCGGGCUUGGCUGCCAUUCACGUCCGCAAGGCGUUCCUCGAGGCCGCGACGGCGUUGUGCGGCGCGCAGCUGCUUUGGCUCGGCGCCGCAAGCUUGGCGGGCGGCGAGGCGAUGCUGGACGCGAUGCUCGACGUGCGGCACGCCGUCGAAGGGCUCGCGGGGUCCGGCGUGCAGGGCGACCUCGGCAGGAGCUCCUCGCCGUGGGCUGCGCCGGCCAAGGUCCGAGGCGGGGCUGUGGUCUCUGGUGUGGCGGGCGAGCGGCGCGUCGCGGUCGACGUCUGCCAGGCGCAGCCGUCGGUCGAGCGCUGGUGGCUAGCCACCGCCCGCCGGCACGGGCAGAGGCGGCCACGAAGGGCAGCCUGUCCGGAGAGGCGGUGGCUGCCGCCGCUGCAGCAGUGCACCGCGGUGGAUGCGAGCGGGGCGCUCGGCAGUCCCGUGGUGAAGCAGCUCUGCGCCGUCGCCGCCGCGUUUGAGGCCGACUUCGGCUUCCAGCGCCCGGUGGUGUGCAACCAGCUCGAGCACUUGCUCCGGCUGCUCGCCGCGAGAGCGGCGCGCUUACCCUUCUCCGCCCCCGAGCGUGCGGCGCGCGCCGCCGACUCGCUCCAUGCGCACCUCUUUGCGUCGUACUUCACCUGGUGCGAGCACGCGGCAAACUUGCGCCACGCAUCAGAGGCCGUCUGGUGGCUCUUCCACCAGCUCUCCGACUUGGCGAAACCGCUGCCGCGCCCCUUCGCGCUGGCGAGCGUGGCGCCGCUCUACGCGUCGCUCGUCCACCUCUUCUGCGAGCGAGCGCACCCACUCAACUACGACGACGUCAACGAGGCCUUCUGGCGACCCGACUGCCUCGGGUGGAGCCUCGAGGGGAGCGGCGCCGGCAGUGCCGCCGCGCAGCUCCGCGGGCUGGCAAAGGAGUACCGCGAGCGCCGCUCCUGGCUUCACAUGCUCGGUGCGUUCGAGCACGUCUACUUUGCGCACUGGAUCAUGCUGCGGCUGAUGCUCGGCGCGACGCUCGGCCUCAACACCUGCAUCGCCGCCGAGUUCGGCGCGGGCGAGGAGUCGGACGCCGCGCUGCGCGUGUUGCAGUUCGAGGCGACCCUCGUGGUGGACGUGCAGGCGUACCGCGUCCUCUCGGGCUUGCUGCAGCUGUGGGCGCGCUUCCCCACCUGCGACCCGCCUGCCAAGCUCGACGCGGUGCUGCGCGUCGCGCUCGACCUGCUCCUCUCUCUCGCGCUCAACGUGGCGCUCUGGUUCUCGCUCCGCGACCAGCACCUGCACCACUGGGCGAUGGCGCUGCUGCUCUCGAUCGCCGUCUUCGUGCGGCCGACCCUGUCCAGCCUGCGCUUCCUCGUGGUUGCCAACGGGCCGCUCCCCGCGAGGCACGUCCGGCCGACGAGCUGGCACGUCCGGCCGACGAGCUGGAGCGCGCUCGCUUUCUGGCUGACGCUGUUCAGCGUGCACUGCCUGCUGGUGCAGCACUACAUCGCGGACGCGCUCGUCGUCGACACGCUCGGCCUGCUCUACUCCUACUUUGGGCGAGCACCUAGAAGCUCCGGCAUCGGCCUCGGCCAGCUGUUUGUGCUGCUCCUCUGCAUCUGGGUGCCGGUCAUCCUCUUCUUCCUCGUGAGCUUCUCGCUCACCUUCACACUCUGGGACCCUUCUUGGAACCUGCUAGGCCUGCCGCAGCUGCUCGCCGCCCACUUUGACCCGGCGGCCGACCGCUUCGAGCAACGCUGGCUCGCCAGCCGUCCGGCCCGGCUGCCCCCCAGCCCGGGGGGGGCGUGGGCCGUGUCGGCGGGGGGGCGCUCGGUCUCGCUCCCAGCAGUCGCCAAUGGGUCGCGAGACGGCGCCCUUCCGCCAGACGAGGACGCGCCCGCGGACUUGCUGCUCGGUCGGCUGCCUGCGCGGGGCGGCUGGGGCUUUGCGCAGUGUUGGAACACGAUGCUCCACGAGAUGCGGCGGCAGGAUUUGGUCGACAACUCCGAGGAGACCCGGCUGCAUGCGCUCCUCGCGGGCUGCCCCGUCGAGUCGCUCCCGACGCUCUGCCGCCUCUCGCUGGCGGGUGCGGCCGACAUCGCGAUGGCAGUUGUCUGGCCGCUGCUCGGCGCCGCGCACCAGCCCGACGUGGCGCUCGCCCUCCGAGCCCUCGCCGCUGUCGUGCCCCCGAUCGCGCCAGCCACCGAUGCGUCUGCCGCCGGCUCGGCCGGCCAGUCCCGCCCUUGCGGCGCGCUGCCGCCCGGCCUCCGCUCGGAGCGGGUGCUCUACGGGCUGCGCAAGGCGCUACAGCGACCACUCAUAGAACUGUCUCAGGCGCUCGUCGAGCUGUGCGAGGCCAUCUUCGCCAUGAUCGGGCUCUCGCGCGACCUCUCGCGGCUCGACCUCACCGCCAGCCUCAACGACCUCACCGCAGCCCUCUCGCUCGCGCGCCGCCGCAGAGGCGUGACGCGCGUGCGCAUCGCAGACAUCGCCUCGGCCGAGGGCGCCGCCGACGAGGUGCGCGGCGCGCUCGGCGCCGCCGCCAACGCGCUGCAGGCCACCCUCGCCCACCCGACCCUUGGCUUUUGGGCGGACAGCAGCUACGCGAGUGCGUCGCUCGCCAGCCUGCUCCGGCACGAGCCCAACCUUGAGGCGAUCGCGGUCCGGCUGCGGCGCAUGCUUUCGCUGUCGCCGACGCCGAGGCCGCUCCGCUCCAACGAGGCGAUGCGCCGGCUGCGCCACUGGCUGCGCUCGCUCAAGAUGGAUGCACCGGAGGCGCCUCCGGUGGCGGAGAUGCAGUCGUGGUCCAUCCUGACGCCCGUCUACAAGGAGACAGUCCUCUACUCGAUGGCGGAUUUGGAGGAGGAGUCGAACGACGGCCGCUCCUUCAUCGAGGUGCUGCGCGGCCUUCACCGCGACGAGUGGGCAAACUUCGCGCAGCGGCUCGGCGAGUCGCCCUCCGCGCUCAGCGCUGGCCCUUCAGCUGCGGCUGUGGGCCUCGAUGCGAGGCCAGACUCUCGCGCGCACCGCAUGAUGUACUACGAGUCGGCCUUGGCCUUCCUCGUGGCCGUGGAGGCGGGUUCAGCGGGAGGCGGCCCCGCCCCCCCUCUGCCCGCCGCCUCGCAGACCGCCGCCGCCAGUGCCUUGGCGCAGCGCAAGGUGGGCUACGUGUGCGCGUGCCAGGUCUAUGGCGACUACAAGCGGGCGGGCGACCCGCGAGCGGUCGAUAUCGAGGCGCUUAUGCACGCCUUCCCUUCGCUGCGGGGGGGCGUGAGGUGCGAGAGCCGCGUCGGCCUCCCCGGCAACCCGAUCCUCGGCGAGGGCAAGCCCGAGAACCAGAACGUGGCGCUGCCGUUUUGCCACGGCGAGAGGGUGCAGAUGGUGGACAUGAACCAAGAGGGGUACUGGGAGGAGGCGCUCAAGAUGCGGCCGCUGCUGCAGGAGUUCGAGUCGUCCGCCAAAGCCGGGCCGGUGACCGUCAUCGGCUUCCCGGAGCACAUCUUCACGCAGUCGUCCGGCUUCGUCACCGCCAUCUUCAUCGGGCUGCAGGAGCGCUACUUCGGCUCCUUCGUGCAGCGCCACCCCGACCUGCUCGACAAGCUGCACUUCGCCACGCGCGGCGGGGUGAGCAAGGCGUCCAAGGAGAUCAACUUGAGCGAGGACAUCUUUAGCGGGUACAAGACGGUGCUCGCCGGCGGCUGCGUCGUCUUUCGCGAGUACCACCUCGUGGGCAAGGGGCGGCCCACAAACCUGAUGGAGAUCACCGGCUUCUUCGCGAAGCUCUCCUCCGGCUCCGCCGCGUCGCUCACGACGCGCGACGUGGCGCGCUUCGCCGCCAGCGCGCCGCUCGUGAAGCUCUUCUCGUACUACUACUCGGCCAUCGCCUUUUACGUGCACGACGUGAUCGUGAUGCACGUGACGGUCCUCAUCCCCUACCUGCUCGCGAUGCUCGCGCUCGUCGGCCUCGAUCACCGCUUCAACAACUACGAGGCGCAGCCCCUCUCGCUCUUCGCCCUGCUCCCGCUGCUGCUCUCGCUCAUGACGGCCCUCCCGCUCUUGCGUGCCGUGCCCGCGCUCUGCAUGGUGCUGGUUGAGAGAGGGCCUCGCCGGGCCCUCUCCUUCUUGCUUGGGAUGGCCAUCACCGCCUCGCCCGUCUACUUCAUCUUUGUCGCGCAGACAAAGUCCUUCCACUUUGCGCGCACCGUCACGGCGGGCGGCGCGUCCUACUUCGCCGCGCGGCGGAACGCCUCAGUGCUUCACACGCCCUACCACGAGCUGCACGCGCGCUUUGCGCACUCGCACCUCUACGUCGCCGCCGACGUGUACGUCUUUCUCUGCAUGGCGCACGUCUGGUCCGUCUCGGACCGGCUCUUCCUCACGACGUGGCCCACUUGGGCGGUGGCUUCGUGCUUCGUCCUCGCGCCGCUGCUGUACAACCCGCAGCAGCUCGAGGCGUGGCAGGUCAAGGCGGACGUGCGCGGCUUCUGCGGCUGGUUCGGACGCGUCUCUGUCGCGGCGUUUUACUCGUUCAUCGCCUACCUCAUCCCGCUCCAGACCAAUGUCGACAACUUCGCCGCCACGCGGGGGUGGGCCGGCCUCGCUCGCACCGCCUCGCUGCGCAAGCGGCUGUGCGUCGCCGCCCUGUGCGUCUACGCUUGCGCAGGCGCUGUCGGGUCGGUGCUCGAGCUCGCUGCCAACAUGCGGGCGACGGCGGACGUCGCCGCGCCGCUGCUGAGGCUCGCCCACAAGGCGCGCGAGAGCGCGCGUGAUUAUGCCCUCGCCGCCGCGGUCCUGCUGCCGGUUGGCGCCCUCGCUGCGCUGCGGCUGCCGGGCGUGGUGCACCGGGCGCUCAUCUUUCAGCGCUCGUUUGUCGACCUCGACAUGCACGGGCUCAUCCUGUACUCCUCCGUCCUCGCUGCGGUCGCCCUCGCAUACGCGCUCUCCUCGCUGGAUUGGGGCUGAGAGGCGGGUCGCGCAAGCUCCCGAUGCCGCG